CUACCUACUGCCCCGGCAUGGCUCCCGUCUGUCAAAGUUGAUCGCCGUUGACAAAUGCGGGAGUGACAGAUCGCCGAACGCCACAUGCACGUGACUUGCCUCUCCGAUUUCUCAGCCACAUGUAGAUCGUGGCUCGAACUUUCGACGCUUCAACGUCCACUUAUACCCCGCCCUCCCACAUCUCGUCACAGCACCAUGGCCGAUACAGAAGCACCCGUCGUCAAGUUCAAGAAGCGCGGCGCCAAAGCAGCGCCCCGGAAAGUGGCACCGCCGCCACCGCGAUCAGAUUCCGACUCCUCAUCCGGGUCAGAAGCAGAAGGCGACGACGGACGGGUGGUGAAGCGGCGGAAGAUCGCUGGCAAUGCGCUCAAGGCAUCCACAGCAGAUCAGCAGAAAUCCUCUGGAUUCGAAGGCGCAACAAAGUACGAAGCCGACCGGUCCGCCGUAAUAGAAGCCAGCACGGACGCCACGAAGCAGUCGAACUGGUACGACGAGAAUGCAGAUAACGCCUUGAGCGCGAAGAACCUGCUCGGCAGCACACGGUCGAAACCUCAGUCAUUCGUUGAGAAAGAUGCCAGCGCGCCGGAGCGCAAGGUCGGCCCACAGAAGGCUUCCUCGAAUGUUCGAACGAUUACAAUAACGGACUAUACACCAGAUGUUUGCAAGGACUACAAGCAGACAGGUUUCUGCGGUUUCGGCGACGGCUGCAAAUUUCUGCACGCUCGUGAAGACUAUGCCGCAGGCUGGAAGCUCGACCGGGAAUGGGAAAUGUCCGGCAAAGGCAAGAAGCCAGGUGGUACUAUUGUCGCAUCCGCAAACCGCGACGCCAACCAGAAGGACGAAGAUGGCAUCGAUCUAGCUAUGCUGGAGAAGAUACCUUUCGCUUGCAUCAUCUGCAAGCAGCCUUACAAGAGCCCCAUUAUCACGAAGUGCGGUCACUACUUCUGCGAAGCCUGUGCGUUGAAGCGGUAUCGCAAGGAUCCUACGUGCGCAGCGUGUAGUGCGAAGACAUAUGGGGUUUUCAACGGGGCGAAGAAUCUGCAGAAGCUGCUGGAUAAAAAGCAGAAGAUUGAGGAUAAGCGGAAGGCGGAAGAGGAAGCUGCGAAAGCAGAGGAAGAGGAAGGCGGGGAUUGAACGGGUCUCUCCAGGAGUGUGCAUAUGAAGCUAGAACGAAAAAUACCACCUAACACAGCAGGACGAUCCGAUAUGUGUCUAUGUGUUGCGCCCGAGUGGGCAGUGCUGAACGCUUCCAGCGCUCUACUCCCGGUCUGGCCAGACGAAGACCAGGGCGUCACAUUGCAUGUGUCAGAGGCAAACAGAGACAACUAUCUAUGAUAUAUAAUCCCUCAAUGAUAGAGGGCAUGCAGCAGAUCACUGCUCGCAAAUCGUAACGCAAGAUCCCAUACAAUUUUUGCUUGGGAUGGCCAUACCAUUGCUUCUCGUAAACUAGUGACUGACGCAUCGGGCAUGCGGUGGCCAAUUCCAUAGAGCGAAGCGACGAGGAGCUGAUAAGGAGUCGACCCGACAUAUAAGCAAGCCAACACGACCAAGAAAUAAGUGCAGCAAGGAAAAGAGAAGGG